UUGUUACCAUAAGUUGGUACCCCUGGUACCUUACGUGCUGCAAUGCAGCAACAAACUUGGGGAAACGGUCAUUUGCCGUUUCUGGCUGUGGGGCGCGUGAAGGACAGCAUCACUUUGGCGUAUUACAUUGAGUCUGUGGACACCGAGCAGCAGGACCAAACUCAAGAAGUGUUCCAGAAGCUGCUGAAGGCUUCGUCUCAGAAGCUGGCCGCUGGUCAAAGAACUCGGCUGCAGUGGAACAAUGGCAGCGUUUGCUUUUUGAUGGAUGAGCAAGGACGACUUCUUUACUGUGUCGUCACGUCGUCCUUGUCAUAUCCGGAGCGACAGGCAUACCAGUUGCUCUAUGAUUUUCGAGGGCUUGUGGAACGUGAUGACACCAUCGAUUUGGAUGACUCGGCUGAACACUCGCUGAACGACAAGCUCAAAGACCAGAUGAGAGAGCUGGUCAAGAAAUACGAAUCCAUGCAGGAUAGCAAGAUGUCCAGUGCGAACAUCACUCCACCCGACACCUCCUUGGCCCCGCCCUAUCAGGACGGUCGGGAGCAGUCUGGCAAUUACAAGAAGUGGAUAUUGCUGGUCAUUGUUGUGGCCAUCAUCGUUCUGGUGAUCAUUUGGGCCAAUCAGGGGUCAAAGGGUGAUGAUGAGAAGAAGGCGCUGAUCAUGUACAUUUGAGGAGUGAAACUCCACUAGCACCCGGCGCCCCUUCCCACGUUGUGACCAUCCGUGACCACUGCGGCAGCGUUAGGCUGUUGGUGGUUUUGUUUCUUUUACAAGCUGGCUUAAGGCCUGCAGGUCGUCGUGCAAAAGGGGAACGAAAUGCAGGA